AUGGACUCAGAUGAACACAUCACUGCUAUGACCUCAUUUCCAUCUUUUUCUUCUAGUUCUAGUUCAUCACCUUUACCUCAAUCAUCAUCUCUUGGUCAUCUUCCAUCUCCAUCUCGUGAAUCUCCUCUUGUGGUCAGACCUUGUGGUGCUUGUAAGGGCCUUCGUCGACCAUGUGGCGAAACAUGCAUAUUGGCACCUUACUUCCCCCCGACCCAACCCCUUAAGUUCUUGGCUGUGCACAGGGUGUUUGGAGCUAGCAAUGUCUCCAAGUUCUUGCAGGGUAUUCCAGAGUCUCAGAGGGAUGAUGCGGUGGAUAGUAUGGUCUACGAGGCGAUGACAAGGAUUAGAGACCCAGUGCAUGGGUGUGCAGGUGUAAUUUCUAGUCUGCAGAAGCUAGUAAACCAGCUUCAGAUGGAGUUGGAUUCUACAAAGGCUCAACUUCUCAAUAUGACAUCUCAACUCGAAAACCUACCAGUGACCAACAACACAUGCAAGGAAAUGAAAGAAGCUGAUCAACUGCCCACAUUACAACAACCCUCACUGGAAGACUUCAUGUUCUGUAGUACUACUACUACUUAUCCCUUCCAGAAUCGCAAAAACUUCUAA